CGUGCUGUCGGCCGAGAAGGCGAGGGGUCGCCGGAGAUGGAGGUGGCUGGGUGACGCGCGAAUCCUCGAGCGGGAUCCGAAGGUCCCCAACCGAAUGCUACUUAGCCAUUCUGUCCCACUGCGUCACCGAACGGCCGGAGCUAGCGCCUCUCCGGUGAUCCGCACCGGGAUUCCGCUCGCUGCAACGAAGCACACCGCCACCAGUCCUCUUCUACCUCCACCUUAUCCCCGUUACGCUCGGAAUUAGACCUCACAUUGGAGGGCAUAAACCCUAACUAGCAUUCCCCGGAUGGAGGCCGCCGCCUCCAGCCUCUCGGCGCUGCUCGCCACCCUCCGCGUGGACGGCCCGUGGACGCCGCCGACAACCUGGGAGUCCGUCACACAAGUUAGCGGUGCCACUCGUACCGCCAACCCUGGAGGGCGCCUCCUGAGGGAUCCGAUAUACGAGCCUGCGUCGGUUCCGGAUGCUUCCUUGGUUCGUCUGGCUUUGCAUGCACUUCAUGGUGUCAAAUCAUCAUUAGAUGAGAUUGAGAAGCUCUCUGUGCUAUUCUUCUCAUGUCCAACUGAUAGGACUUCUCAUCGGGUUGCAGGCGUGUGGUCACGCUCAUCCAGUACUACAUCUGUUGGGAAUAUUCUCAAAUCCAUACGCAUUACAGGUCUCGCGGUUUUCUUCCUGUGCAAGUUUGUGCACUUUUAUCUUUUCCAAAAUCGUGAAUUGAAUUGUCAAAGUAGAGGACAUGAACGCGAAGUUUCUGAUAGUGAAGAAACUGAGCAACCUGCUCCUUAUAGUUUAGUGAACCAAGCAUUCGCUGCAGCAGUUGAAAAGGUCCUAGAAGGUUAUUUCUGUUCCUUGAACACUUUACCACAAUCAAUUAAGCUGAGGCGUUUGGAGGGGCAACCUGAUAUACCGUCCAUGACCCCAGAUGGAGCUAAUUGUAGUUCUAAUUCUGAAGUAACACUACUGGAGGUUUAUCUCCACACUGAGGAGUUAAGAAGACAUAUUAAGUCGCUGGGAAGUAUUUGCUUUCCUAAGUUUGCAGGUCUUUCAUUGUGCCAGGAGGGCUUGACCACUGAUUCUAGCUUGGAGUUUGAGAACUUCCCACGGGGCACUGAUUUGCUUUCCUAUUUGUAUGUCCAUCUUCGUGAUGCUGAUUCGGUUCACUAUGGACUUCUGAAAUAUCUUUUUGUUCGUUCUUGUGAACCAUAUUGUAAUUUCAUUAAGUCCUGGAUUUACCGAGCUUCUGUUGAUGAUCCUUAUGAGGAAUUUCUCAUAACACAUGCUAAGAAUAAGCAUGGUCAAGGAGGUUCAUCAGACCCAGUAGAUGGUUUCACCCUGGUGUCCUUAAAGGGAACAAAUCAUGUAUCUGCACCAUGCUUUCUCAAAGAUAUAUGCCAUCCUCUUCUUCGUACUGGGCAACAGCUUCAAGUUCUCAUGAAGCUUCUAGAAUCGUGUACUCUUUCUGACACUGGAGGAGGUGCUGCAUCUCGUAGCAUCAUUCAUCUGGAGGAAAUUCUCCCAUGGUUUGUUACGUCCAUGGAGUCUUCAAUGAAUUCAUUCACUUUCUCAAAAAGUAGGGUGGAAGCUAUAAUAUGUCAAAGAGAUGCUAUGUACAAGUCAAUGAUACAGAAGCUUCAUCACUUUUUCUCAAAUGUUGAGGUAGUUCCUUUUGAUGCGGCACCGAACGUUCUGCAUAUAAGUACAAGCCCUCUAGAUACAGCUGUUUCAGAUGUGGAGCUUUUCUAUCACGGCACAGAUGCUCUACCUGCUUGCAAUACGGUUGCAGAGCUUAAAGAUAAUGAUGCUUCCUCAACAUCACAAGAAUCUUCAGAUAAAGUGGAUGCAUUGGAAUCAUCGGAGUCCUCUUCUUUAUAUAGUUCUAUUGAUGAUAUUGAAGAUGAGAUUGAUACCACUUGUGAUAGUAUGCCUAGCUCAAUGUUCUCAUUGUACCAUUUAAGUUCAGGUGAAGCAAAACACUCCUUGGUAACCACAAAGCUACUUUCUUACCAAACCUGUUCUGUUCAUGACGGGAUUAAUCCUGCUAGCCCUAUCAAUGAACACCAGAAAGAUGGCGAGUUGAGUUAUGGGCAUGUUUCUAUGCACUCACAGAGUAUAGAACAUGACGUGGUCCAUGAUGCUUUGGAACUGGACAAUCAAUACAGUGAAUUUUGGCCAUUUGGCAGUUUCAUGAAGAAUUCGUUCAAUAUUUCCUCUGGAAAAUUGAGUUUGGAUGAAGACUUUUUAUAUAGAGGAGAUAAAAGCACAGCAGAGCAACUACUACCUGAGUCCUGCUCCCCUGGACUUUCAAACAGGGAUAACGAUGAAAAAUCUAGCAAUGUAAAUCAACCAUGGAAUACUAGCAUUCCUUACAAUUUUAACAUCAAUCCCAUACUGAAGAAUGCGGCUGCUUGUCAUGUGGAGCAUGACUCGCAUGGAAAAAGGAAGAACCGAGCACUUAUUGGGUUUAAUUUCGAGUCAGUGACAAAUCCUUGUGAAGCAUAUUGUGGGAGAAAUACCUCUUCCUUUGAUGAGUUUGAAGUCACACCUGUAAUGGCUUUACAGCCCAACGCUCGGGCUUCUAAACAGCUUGAUUGUUCCAGUAAACUUCUUCAGUCUCAGACAACAGACCAGGCUUGUCUUACCUCAGGAGAAAUUUUAGAACAUACUAAACUUUUGGAUAAUUCUUCUGGUGGGGCAUUCUGGGAGAAAUCAUUAGAGCAUACUGCUAGAUCAACGGAAAUAGCUGGACAUAGAACUUCAUUGUCUGAUAUGCCACUUGAUAUAGUGAUUGACAAGUGCAUUAUACAAGAAGUUUUGCUGCAAUAUAAUUAUGUAAGCAGCUUCACAAUGAAGUUGCUCGAGGAGGGUUUUGAUCUUUGUGGACAUCUACAAGCUUUGAGGCGUUACCAUUUUAUGGAGCUGGCUGACUGGGCAGAUUCUUUUAUUGUUUCAAUUCAUAACAAGAAAUGGUCGUUUGUCAAGUCUGAGCAGAAAAGAACAGAGAUCCAAGGGCUGCUGGACUUAGCUUUACAGAGGUCCUCGUGUGAAUCCGACCCUUAUAAGGAAAGGUUGUUUGUAUACAUGGAUGAGCAAGCAGUUGUUUCUCUUGCAGCCUCUACAUCUGGUCUUGAUGUGCUGGACGGCAUCUUAUUGGGCUAUAAAGUUGAUUGGCCAGUGAAUAUUGUCAUUACAGAGGAGGCGCUGAAAAUAUAUGCUGAAAUAUUCUGUUAUCUUGUUCAGGUUAGGCUUGCAGUGUUUUCGCUGACUGAAGUAUGGCGAUAUCUGAAGGAGUUGACACAGUUAAUCAGUCGUUCCAGCCAUAAUAGACCUGAUGUAUUAAAGGAAUUGAGUUCUGUGAUGAAAUUGAGACAUCAAGUUUAUCACUUUCUAUCGACACUACAACAGUAUCUCCAUUGCCAUUUGUCUGAUAUAUCAUGGCGCCGUUUUCAACAUUCACUCCAACAUCAGGUGAGAGAUAUGCUGGAUCUCGAGUAUGUGCAUUUAUGUUAUGUUACUGAUGCACUUCACAUAUGUUUCUUAUCCACUGAAACAAAACCAAUUGCCACCAUAAUCAAAGGCAUUCUGCAACAAGCUUUGGAAUUGCGGUCAUGUUUUAAGAGCCUCAAUGACAUUUCUGAGUCAACAGUGAAACAGCUUAACCUGCGUUCUCUUAUAAAUUUCUCUCAGGUGGAUGCAAUUAGGACGAAGUUUGAGGGUAAUAUCAAAGAUUUGUAUACUUUGCAUAUGAAGUCUUCGAAGUAUGGGGAGAUUGGUCUUUCUCGUUUCUGGGGGUAUCUGAACUACAACGACCAUCACUCCUUAACGAUCAGUAAAGAUAUGGGCUGCUUCUAUUUCUAAUAGGAAAUCGUAAAACCAAAGGUCAGGUGUUCCCUUCAUCUUCUGUGGCUAGCUCGCCUUCUAAGUUCAACAAUUAUCAGUGGCAGCAUAAUAUGCGUUCGAUUGUUUCCUGCUAGUGAGACGAGGUGCAUCAUUUUGGUCAGCUUCUAGAAUCAGUUCACUUUUUCACCCACGGCGACACAGGCAUAUGCUUGUUUGUAUUAUUGUCUGCUGGCUGUGAGGUAUCUUAGCUUUUGAAUUUGCAGCACUAGAGCACGCUGACAAGGCUUCUCGUGUCCUUUCCUUUCGGAAAUGAGGAACGCUGGAACGCACGCUGCUAGUCUGCUAAAUCAAUUUGUUCUCGCACAUGCAGAAACUAGCUCCUUGUUUGAACUUCCCCGAUGUAAAAAUGAGCUCAGAAUUUGACGAUUUUAUGUAACUUUCACUUGAUAGAAUGGUGGUUUGGUGGAAAAUACGAGACUAGGAAUUAACCUCAGGGGUGCAAUUAGAAGGAAAACUUUACUUGAUUGUGAAUAUAUGUUACUAAUAGAGUAGCUGUACUCUUGGACACAGUCGAGGUAAAUGAAAGCUGUGAUUGAGUAACGUGUAGUAUUACUCAUGAACGCUAAAACUUUCUUUUGUUC